AGUAGAGGGGUUAGAGGUCGGUUUCAUAACAGCACGCGGCAAAAGAAGCUUCGCUGCUUUUGACACCUAAACCUCACUUCAUUAGCUUCUCAUAGAAGUUCUUAUUUUUUGACACAAGGCGAUAUUAGCCUAAUCGCGAAGAAGCUACAAUUUUUUCUAAUCACCUGUUUGUUUCUCGUCGACGAUGCCGCCAAAACUAAUCGUGUUUGAUUUGGAUUACACAUUGUGGCCCUUCUAUGUGGACACGCAUGUGACGCCUCCGUUCAAAAAAGCAAGCAAUGGAGACAUCAUGGAUACUUGUGGACGGAGAAUAUCUGUGUACCCCGAUGUUCCUGAGAUGCUGGAACGCUUGAGUCGUGAACACUACACUCUCGGUAUAGCAUCGCGUACUGAGGAACCUGAUGCUGCAAGAGAACUACUUGGUCUCCUUGACUGGAACAAGUAUUUUACGUAUCAGGAGAUCUACCCUGCUUGCAAAGUUAGGCACUUUAACAAGUUUGCCUCAAAAACAGGCAUCCCCUACAGAGACAUGCUAUUUUUUGAUGAUGAAUACCGCAAUAUAAGAGAUGUCUCAAAACUGGGUGUCACAUGUAUUCACGCACAGCACGGAAUGUCAAAUCAAAUAUUAGAAGAAGGUCUGAGAAAAUUUGAAGAUUUCUUGAUAUCUCCUGGCCUAUAGUUCCCACAUUCACUUCAAAUGCAAGUUACGCUUGAAGAGUGACACAGAAUUUGUCUUACAUACAGUAUUUAUGGUUAUUUAUUGAUUGACUCAUAUAUCUGCAAUAAAUUAAUUCUACCAUCUGGUACAUAA